UCUUGUCCCCCUCCAGUGAGGAGGGAGUUGGGGUAAGAGGACACCAGCUCCAGCACUUAUUUUCUUUCCUGGGGAGCAGCAGAGAGGAUGAGGAUGGCCCCCAGGAGCCAUGAUGCCUUGGAGACAAGCGGAGCUCCCGAUCACGCUCAAGAUCCCAGUGGUCCUCGGAGGGCAUCUUCCAGGGGCCAUGUCUGCUAAGCAGGAAAAUCCACCAGGCAAUUGAGGGGAAACUUUUACAGAGCAAAUAAUUACUCUAUGGGAUGACUUCACCGGGUCAGGGAGAUGUAUAUAUAGAGUGCAGAGAGAGAAGGCUGAGAACCAUCUACUGAACUCAACAGCAACAGAUUUGCAAGUAACAGACUAUACAACCAUCGCCACUAUGAAGACAACAAGAAGCGUUGCCCUUCUUGGGCUUGUGCUUCUCAGCUGCCUUUCUGAUAUUGUUGUUGCUCAACAACGGGCCUCCUGCAGCACGUACGGGUUGUCCGGAAAAACACAACUUGCCUGUCCCCGCAACUACGAACCCGUCUGUGGGACCGACAACAUGACCUACCCCAAUGAGUGCUCCCUCUGCAAAGCAAUCUUCCGUAACCGCGCCAUUGACAAGAAGCACGAUGGAAGAUGUGUUGGGCUCGACUGUACUGGCUACCUGAGAUCAAGCAGUGGUCGUGCAGUCCCCUGCACCCUGGAGUACAAUCCCAUCUGCGGCACCAACGGGGUUACCUACAGAAACAAGUGCACCUUCUGCAACGCUGUGGCGAAUGGACUGGACCUAAACCUGCGCAAUUUUGGACAAUGCUUCCAGGACGGAGGCUCCUUUUAUCGUUCCCCUGCACCAGCAUGGAAUCCCCCUCGCAGGAGACAGCCCUUCACGAACUUCCCCAACCAAAUUGACUGCAACGAACAGAAGGGUAACAAUCUCAUCUGCACCAACGAAUACAACCCCCUUUGUGGCUCCGAUGGCAGAACUUACGGAAACAAGUGCCAGUUCUGCAGCGCAGUUUUGCGGAGCCGGGGAAAUCUGUUCCUCAGAUACCAUGGUGAAUGCUGAGUGCUGGAGCCAUAUCCUUCGCCCUGGUUUUUCCCUUACAAAUCCUGCAAUCAAACACGCUCUUCCCUGCUCCCUCGACUGUUGCGCAUUGGUCUCUGCUUUGAUCGAUCAAUAAAUUAAA